CAGCACAGCAAAAAUAGAAAACAGCCGAUGUGGCAGCAAGAGGGGUCAGGGUUGGACACCGGGAAGACACGACCAGAGAGGUCCCAGAGGGGUGUUAGCAAGCCUGUGAAGGGUUGCGUGGGAUGAAGAUCUGCCCUACAUGCUCUGUGCUGAUGAAGGCAGGACAAGAUGAAAUUGACCAAGUGUAAUGUGAGGAACUCAGAUUAGACAACAGGAAGGACUUGGAUUUGAGAAGCACCAGGUUCAAAUUCCAGAUCAACUUAUUGAUUUUAGGAAGCAGCGGUGGACAGAGCACUGAGCCUGCCUAGGAGGCCAUCUGCUUUAUCUGAAGAUUUUCAGCUGAUGAAGAACUAGGAGGCUCAAACACUAUCUUACCUGAGUCCAGGACAAGUGACUUGGAAAGCGUGCUCUUCUGUGGCAGGAUUGGGUCUGUCUAGGGCAGGAUGGCCCAGGAUCUCAGCGAGAAGGAUCUGUUGAAGAUGGAGGUGGAGCAGCUAAAGAAGGAAGUGAAAAACACAAGAAUUCCGAUUUCCAAAGCGGGAAAGGAAAUCAAGGAGUAUGUGGAGGCCCAAGCAGGAAACGACCCUUUUCUCAAAGGGAUCCCUGAGGACAAGAACCCCUUCAAAGAGAAAGGCGGCUGUCUGAUAAGCUGAUGGCACGGAGCCCCACCCUGAGUGUCUGUCCCUCUUCAGCUGAGCCCAAGUCUCCUAGACCCCCAGUGAGCCAAUGAGGUGUCACCUUCUCUUCAUCACAGAAUGAGUAAAGAUCCCUGAACAAAUGCAUUGUGAACCCAUUCCCCACUCCCACUUUCCACUCUUUUCUCCCAUUAUUUCCUCCAUCUGCUGGGUCUCUGCUGACUUUGCUGGGAACACUCUGAGGACAGUGUGGCUGGCCAAGCGGUUGGCCCCAGGGGUGGUGGGGUGUGAGGAGCCUGAGAUACCACGAGACCCCAGAGGGCAGUCCUUAGGAAGCAUUUACACCACCUUAGAACCCCUCCGUCUUUUCCCUCCACUCUCUUCCUAGGAAGAAAGCAUUUCCACACCAGAUUAGUUUAGGCUGGGGGCCAGGGUUGGGGCGGUCCUGUCCCCCCAUAUCAUGUCCUACCCUGUGAUCCUGUUCCUAGUCAUUUAGAUCACCCCAGAUGGCCUGAUGACAACAGGAGUUUGUGAAGUUAUGAUUUCAUGAUUUAUUUAAUAUUGUCAAGUAGUCUAUUAGUGCUGGGCACUAUGGAUGGAAGAGUGAGCAAGACGAACAUGGCUCCUAUUUUCAUGGAAUUUAGUGGAGAAGACAUGAAACAAUUUACAAUAAGUCCAUAAACGCUACAAUGGGGAGAGUCAAGGGCCGUGUAGGAACACACAGCAGAAAGACAUUCAGGGCAACGAGAAAUGUCAAUGUAAAUGCUGUCGAGGGGCGCAGAAUGGGGGCUGGAAAAGCAUGAGGCUAGAGAAGGAGAUUGAGGUCAAGUCUUGAAGGACCUUUCGGUGAACUCAGUUAGGAACUUUGUUCUUCAUCCUAAGGGCAAUAGGAAGCCUAGGAAGGUAUUUAGGCAGAUUCUAGUUAGCAGAAGGGAGGCUGGAUCCUGCUAAGGACUGGGAAUGUAGUGAUGGAUCAGACCAAUUCCUGGGCCUUGCCGGCACGGAAAGGACUGAAGGAGCUGCAGACAAACCAGCACUCAUGAUACAAUGAGCUCAGUGCAACAUCAGAGAGGUCUGCGAGGGAUAUGAUGGAAUCCCAUAGGAGGGCUACCUAAUCUUGCUGAAGGGGUGCGUUGAGUCCUUGGAAGAAAGACAGGAAAGGUCUUUAGAAGGAGAUGAUAUCUCGAGCUGAGUUCUAAAGGGUUAAGUUGUCAAUGGGUGGAUGGAUGGCACUUCUGGUGGGCCAGUAUAAACAGAGGCAUGAUAUGAGAAAGGACCAUGGUUUGAAUGGGAGCACCAAUCAUGUUGGAGUGGGAAUGUCAAGAGGUCUAGAUCCGUAGGAUCUGUGCUAGAGAGGGCUUGGAGGUGACUUGUGGGGUCUGGCUUGCUGAACUAAACAAACUUAUUUGCUGGGAGUGACUUGGUAAUGUUAGAAGGAAAUUUGCUUUUCUGGUAGGGAGGGUGACAAAGUCUUGCUCUGUCGCCCAGGUUGGAGUGCAGGGGCACAAUCAUGGCUCACUGCAGCCUCUGCCUCCUGGGCUCAAGCAAUCCUCCCACACCAGCCUCCCAAGUAGCUGGGACUACAGGUGUGUGCCACCACGCUUGGCUAAUUUUUAAAUUUUUUUGUAGCGGCAGGGUCUCACUAUAUUGCACAGGCUGAUCUUGAACUCCUGGCCUCAAGCAAUUCUCCUGCCUUGGUCUCCCAAAGUGCUGAGAUUAUAGGCGUGAGCUACCAAGCCUGGCUGGAAAUUUGCUUUUGACAAGAUUGAACAGGGAAAGAGUGAAGGCAGAGAGGCAGUUAAGGAGGUGAUUGUUCCAUCAGGGGUGAGGUGAGGAAGACCUGAAUUAGGGCAGUGGCUGUAAGUCUUGGGGGCAGUAGGUAAGUUGAUGAGUUCUUUGGGAAAUCAAGUUUUCAGAUCUUGACAUUUCUUUGAGUUAUGAGUGAAAGAGAAUGAGUUGUCAAGGAUGGCAUCCAAGUUUCUGGCUUGUAGGGUUUACUAGAUAGAAAUGAAAGCAAGUCUCUGAAAAUAAACCUAAUCUAAUAGUCAUCCUACAUACUACAGCUGCAGCCUCCCUUCCCCAGCUGGUCACAGCCCAAAUGCCAAGGGUGAGGUCACAGGGCCUCUGUGGUCAAAAUCCAGGAUCUCCAAUUCCCAAUUCCAUCCUGACUCCAUCUCACCAUUCUGCAAGCUGGUGUCAAUUCAACCACUCUCCAUAUAGUCUGCUCAAGAGAAGGAAAAGAUGAGGAAUGAGAAAGAGAAAACAUUAAAGACAGUAAUUCUUCCUUCAAAAAAACAGGGAAAGGUAAAUAUUCCAUAGGACUCCAACAGUAA